CUGCAGCCUGCAGGAGACCUACCAGCACCCUUAAAUAAACAAAAAUACACUACGAAUAUAAUUAACGAGUUCAACAAUGUCUCUAAUAGUCACAUUGCUUGUGGUGACAUUGGUUGCUCAGUGUUGGAGUGCACCACAGCGGAGAAACUGGACUCCUCAGGCCAUCUUAUACCUAAAAGGAGCACAGAGACAUCGUUCAGUGUUGGAGCGCACCAGUAGAGAGGAUUUAGUAACUCACAACCAGAGCAGCGAUGGACUGGGAUUGUCUUUGUCAUCCAUCCUUCUGGAGGUUCUGCAGCGAGCCGUGGAAGAAGGUGGAGGCAAUCCAGAUAAAUACUCAGACAAACAAGAGCUGAAUUUGAACUAUUUUUGAAGUUUCUUCUUCUCAUUUUUUGUUGUAUUUAUUUAUGUUUUUCUGCAUGCCACUGGUU